GAUGACUUAUAGCUUUAUUUGAAUAUAUUAUUUGUCUAUUGAGUUAUGGAAGCAUAUCGUGUAUCAGCGGUGUCUCUGGAGAAAACAGGGUUUCUUCACGAGGGGAUUUUAGGUAUUAAUGAUUCUCCUCUUUUUUCUCAGUCGAAUCCAUAUUAUUCUUCUAAGAAACAUUUUAAAAAGAAAAAAGAUAAUAUAUUACUUGAAACUAAUUCUACAAUGGCAAAAACAAAUCUUCUAAAGAAAGAGUCUUCAAAGUUUCUUCCAAGGUCUAUUUCGAAAACAUCGAUAUCAAAAUGUAUAGAAAAUGACAUGAAUUCUAAUUCCUUGACUCAACCGAUAAAUGAAUCUCCUAAACAUGGUCUUUUCUCUCUUUUUUCUGGCAAAAAUAAUAAAAAUAGUAGUCCUAAAAAACCUGAAUCAAAAAUUAAAAAUUUGAAAAAUCGUUCAGUUCUUAAAAAAUCUCUUGUCUUUAAUAAGAAAAAUGAAGAGAAUCAUAAUUCUUGUAAAAAUACGUCUAAGUCUCCUACAAAACCAUCUAUUCCGAAAUCCAUUUCUUCGGUUUUACCAUUAACAAGCUCUCUUGAUACUAAAAGUCAUGAUUUUGAUACAUUAAAUAAGCAUUCCUCUUUUCUAGAUAAUAAUUCAUCAUGGAUUCUUUCGAAUAAUGCAAAUACUAUGAAGAGCCUUAAACAUCAAGAGGUUUAUCAUACUUCCUUAAAAGAAGAUUCUUCUGGUAGUUUAACCUUGAAAGAAAAUAUUAGUAAUUUUUCAUCUACUACGUUGAAUGAGACAAAUUUUCAAUCUUUUGCUAAGGAUAAACAAAAUAAUAUGACAUAUUCAUAUCCUGAAGAUCUUGGUACAAAUGUUAUCCAGGAUUUUCGUCAGAGUGCUACUGAUUAUUCUGAAUUAUCAUUUGUUUCUGCACGUGAUGUAUUUGAUAUUAGUAAAAAUUCUUUUGGAGAUAUAUCCAAUAGGGAAAUAAGGGAUUCAUUAACUAAAUCUGACAAUACGAAUGAUAGAGACAUUGAUGUAUUUAUUAGGGAUCAAUCAUUGAAAUAUAAUGCAUCAAUUAUAGGAAAGAGUAUUUUUUAUGGAGAAGAAACAUAUGUUAGUAAAGCUAAAGCAGCUUCAUGGUUAGGUGAUUGUAUGGCAUUAAAUUCUGAGGCAAGAACAUUAUAUAUGAAUCAAUUCGACUGGACAGGUUUAGAUAUAUUGACAGCUCUUAGACGUUUAUGUUCUAAGCUCAUAAUGAAAGCUGAAACUCAACAAAUGGAUAGAAUAUUGGAAUCAUUUUCAAAAAGAUGGCAUGAGUGUAAUGCUUCUUCUAAUUUAACUUCUGAUAUUGUUCAUGCUAUUGCAUAUUCACUUCUUUUAUUAAAUACUGAUUUACAUGUUGCAGAUUUAACUCAUGGUCAAAAAAUGACUAAAAAUCAAUUUGUUCAAAAUACAUUGUCAACUAUAUUUUCAUCAAAGCCUAAACCUAAGGCUGAUCUUUAUGAAUUUUUUGGGUUGUCUUUAAUGGGCAGUCAUUUAUCUUCAAAGCAUACUAUGUCUUCUAAUUCAGUUUUAUCUGAUCAAUCAUCUGGUAUCAUGAAAUCCAAUUUAAAUACUUUAAGGAAAUCUUCUAAUAAAUUUUUUAUUAAAAAAGCAUCUAAUACUCCUUUAAAUGAGACAUUGAGUAACUCUGUUUAUUUUGAAGUAGAAGCAAUGCUAAAAGAAAUGUAUACUUCUAUCAAAAAUUUCAAUAUAGUUCAGCCAGUAAUCAAUGAUUUCCAAUUUUAUGAUGCUCAAAGUAAUAAUUCACAAUUUAACACGACAAAGUAUUCUGAUAACUUUUAUCUUAUGUCACUCAACCAUGCAUCCAGCUUUUCAUCCAAAUCUAUCUCUGAAACGACAAGAGGAAAAUAUGGAACAAAAAAACUUAAAAUUAAAAAUUGGGCAAAUAAGAAAAAAACAUUAUCUCGAAUUUACUAUGAUAAUUUUCAUAGCUCUGUUUCAAGUAAUAUAAAUGAUUGGAGUUCUGGUUCUGGAAAUAGGUCUAGUAAUUUUCCAAUUAUUGAAAACAGAUCAGUUUGUUCCUUUAAUUCUUCAUGUUAUUCAACUAAUACAUAUGAUUACCAAUUUUCCACAAUAGGGUUUGCAGGAGCCUUAAAUACUUUUAUUAAGAAAACACCUAUGUGUUUAUCUAAUACUCUUAAUCAUGAUUAUGAUACCAAUGAGGAAAAUGAAUUAGCUUUAUCAGGACCACCAUGGACAAAAGAGGGUAUCUUGAAACAUAAACAUUAUCUUGAAAACUUUAAGAAAGCAAAACAUAGGGCAUGGGUUGAAUGUUUUGUUGUACUAGAAAAAGGGAGAUUAACAAUGUUUCAAUUUAACAAUGAUAAAUUCUUGGAAAAAAAGGGAAUAAUUGGGAGCGGGAAUUGGAUUGAAAAUGCGCGUAUUAUUGGAUCAUUUAUAUUGUUACAAACUCUCGCAUCUUCAUUGCCACCUCCAGGUUAUUCCCCUACUAGGCCAUAUGUAUGGAUUUUAACUCUACCAAAUGGUUGUGUACAUUUCUUUCAGGCAGGUACUAGAGAAUUGUUAAAUGAAUGGGUCUAUACAGCCAAUUAUUGGGCUGCUAGAUUUUCUAAAGAGCCAUUAUUGGGUGGAGUUAGUAAUGUAGAAUAUGGCUGGGGAGAAUGCUUAAAGGAAAUAAAUAAUAGAAAAGGGACAAAAAAUAAUGAAAAACCAUUAACAAGCCAUAAUUCUACUAAGAAUGAAUCUUCAUAUUUAAAAUUACCGGGAGAUAAAGCUAUAAUAAAGACAUGGAGCUCUCCCCAGGUAUCUCUUUUUUCUAAUAGUCUUAAGGAAGAAGAACAAGUGAAAAAACUUAGAAAGUAUAUAACUAUUUUAGAAAACGAUGUUCAAAAACAUAAUGCGUAUAGACCACAAAUCCUUCAAGCAUUUUCUCCUCGACACCCAAAUUUAGCAAAAGCAUUGUUAAAUUGGGAAAAGAAAUCCCAAUAUCUUCUUCGAGAAAUUGUAAAAUAUAAAACAUAUUUGGAAACUUUAUCUAGAGCAUUAGUGCUUAAAGAAGAGCGGCUUUCUAGAAAUAAUACUACAGGUAGCAAUUGCAACACAAAUGAAUAAUACAUGUAAUUAAAAAAGUCUAUAUAUAUAAUUGUUAUAU